UGGGCCUCUGUACACUUAUGUAGAUAUUCCAUACAAAAAUCAGCCUUUUCCAGCUGCAAUAAUCAUUUACAGUGUAGACAUUAAUGUUAAUGUGCUUUUCUUUAAAAAACAAGGACAUUUCUAAGUGACCCCAAACUUUUGAACGGUAGUGUAUGUAUGUAGGCAAUGUCCUUGUCUAUAGCUGUUCCGUACUUUCUCAUGUUUUUGUACGUUUUAUGUGGACCCCAGGAAAAGUAGCUGCUGCGUGUGCCAUAGUUAAUAGGGAUUCAUGAUAAACUAAUCUUGCCGCUCCGGGAGAUGUAAAACGAACGAUGCCAGCAUACGAUCUGUGACGUAGGUUGCGCCAGAAUGCUGUCUUUUGAAUUUAUACAGAAGUAGUUUUGACAGCUCAGGUUUGCUAGGACCUCGUUCACAAUUCGCAAUUAUAUGGAGAUAGAUCGAUGCAUACCAUUGUUAACAUUGCACUUGUGAAUAAUUGACCGUAGUAUUAGCUAUUAUACUCUAUAAACGCGCACUUAAUUUAACACAAUGGUGAUAAUACGUAGAAUUUCGGACGCAGACCAAUCAACAAACCAAAAGUCUUCACAACCAGACGCCGAUUUUCAAUCCCCGCAGAAUUUACCGAGGAAGUCCGCACGCUUGACUAAGGGAUAUGUUGGUGAGAACGAUCGGCAUAUUAUCUCCUUGGAAGAGCUAAAUGGACAAACACCAGAUAAUGGGAGACCUGUCAGAAAGAUAACAAGGAAAUCGCCCAGGUUUCAGGUCAAUGGGGCCAGUGAAGAUGACCAAACUGAGGGGUCUCCUAGACCAGGAGGAUCCCAGGGGGUUGUGCGACGCAGCACCAGAACCACCAGGGACCAACAGUCCAUGAUCUACGACUGCCUCAUCACUAAUACUGCUGAGGCGGUCCUCCACAAGAUUGAUGACAUGAAGAUGUGCCGCCACUUGAAAAACUCAAAACAAUCAAGGAUGUAUUCUAAAGCCCAGCGAAAGAAGACUACCGACUCUCCAACAGUAAAAACUGUUUCCAAACAAGAAGCUGAAGAGUACUCUGACGACGAUGAUGACGACGAUGAUGAGGAUGAUGAAAACGACGAUAACAGCAAGCGCUAUGAACCUCGACAGAAAAACGCGGUGGUUCGCUACCAUGCGCCACUGGAUGAAUCCAGGAAACAGCCGCCCAUGUUUUUCGACCGUCAGGCAUCUUCCACUAGAGGGAGCUACCGCAUCAGUGCCUCAGUGCCCAGGAGUGCCCACACCACCAGCCGAAGGAGUGGCAGGAAUGGGUCCAUAGGCAGGAGAAGGCAUGCUUGGCACACCCAGGAAGCCAGCUCCUCUGAUGAGGACGACUCCUCUGACGAGGAAGACGCAGAGCAAGAAGCCAAGAACAGGUGUCUGCCUCUGAAUUUGCGCAAAGAGGACAUUUUGGGAAUCCAUAAGGACAGAAUGAAGAUGGGUGCGAGCCUGGCGGAUGUCGACCCCAUGGCGAUUGACCAGUCGGUGCGCUUUGACAGCGUUGGCGGUCUGACAAGCCACAUCUCCGCCCUGAAAGAGAUGGUAGUCUUCCCUCUGCUCUACCCAGAGGUGUUUGAGAAAUUCAAGAUCCAGCCCCCAAGGGGCUGCCUGUUCUAUGGUCCCCCGGGUACGGGGAAGACCCUGGUGGCCAGAGCGCUGGCCAACGAGUGCAGCCAGGGGGACAGGAAGGUGGCCUUCUUCAUGAGGAAGGGGGCCGACUGCUUGAGCAAGUGGGUGGGCGAGUCGGAACGCCAGCUCAGGCUGCUCUUUGACCAAGCCUACCAGAUGCGGCCAGCCAUUAUCUUCUUUGAUGAAAUUGAUGGGCUGGCUCCGGUGCGCUCCAGUCGCCAAGACCAGAUACACAGUUCCAUCGUGUCCACCCUGCUGGCCCUGAUGGAUGGCCUGGAUAGCCGAGGAGAGGUGGUGGUGAUCGGAGCCACCAACCGACUGGACUCCAUCGACCCCGCCCUCAGACGCCCCGGACGCUUCGACAGGGAGUUCCUCUUUGGCCUCCCUGAUCGCGAGUCCCGGAAAGAUAUCCUAAAGAUUCACACCAGACAGUGGAAUCCUACACCCUCCGAUCCUUUCCUGGAAGAGUUGGCUGAUAAAUGUGUCGGCUACUGCGGCGCCGACAUCAAGGCGGUGUGCGCCGAGGCGGCCCUCUGCGCGCUGCGCCGCCGUUACCCCCAGAUCUACAGCACGUCCCAGAAGCUCCUGCUGGAUGUGGGCUCCAUCAACAUCAACAGUCAGGACUUUGUGGCCGCCGUGAGGAAGAUGGUGCCAGCCUCCCAGAGGGCCGUGUCGUCCCCUGCCAAGGCCCUGACCCCCGUGGUCACGCCCCUGCUGGGCAACGAACUCACCAACGUGCUGGAUGCACUGCAGAAGGUCUUCCCCCACGCCGAGCAGGGCCUCAAGAGGAAGAGGGACACAGAUCUGACAGCCAGCAUUCUGGAGGAUGACCUCAUGUACAGUGGGGAUGAGGGCCCCUCAUCCAAUAAUUCCAUCACCAAACAGACCACCACCAAAGGGAGCUUCCUCCAUUUUGCCAGGAGUGCGACCUGCCACCCCACCACCUACCGGCCCAGGCUGCUGCUGGCUGGGCGUCCCGGGGCGGGUCAGAGCUCCCACCUGGCCCCCGCCGUGCUCCACGCCCUGGAGAAGUUCACCGUCUACACCCUGGACAUGGCCGUGCUGUUUGGAGUCAGCUGCACCUCCCCCGAGGAGGCCUGUGCUCAGGUGUUCUGCGAGGCCAAGCGGACCUCCCCCAGCAUCCUGUACAUCCCCCACAUCCAGCAGUGGUGGGACACGGUUGGCCUGGCCCUCAAGGCCACCUUCCUCAGCCUGUUGCAGGACAUCCCCUCCUUCUCCCCCAUCAUGCUGCUGGCCACCAGCAACGUAGCUCACCACGACUUGGCCGACGAGAUCCAGACUCUGUUCCGGUUGGAGUAUGGAGAAGUGCACUCUAUCCAAAUUCCCACCCAGCAGGAGAGAAGGAAGUUCUUUGAGAAUCUCAUCCUUAGCCAGGCUGCCAGGGCACCUGCUUCCAAGAAGAAAGCCUUGAUGCAUGCCAUGGAGGUGCUCCCCCUUGCCCCUCCUCCUCCCCCCAGGCAGAUGAGUGAGAGGGAGCGUCUGCGUCUGGAGGAGCAGGAAGAGGACACACUCAGGGAGCUGAGGCUGUUCCUGCGCAACGUCACCGAGCGCCUCUCCCAGGACAAGCGCUUCAAGGCCUUCACUAAGCCUGUGGACAUCGAAGAGGUUCCUGACUAUAUUAAGGUGAUCAGGCAUCCCAUGGACCUCUCCACUGUACUGUCCAAGGUCGACCUCCACAAGUACGUGACCGUCAGGGAGUUUGUCAACGACGUGGACCUGAUCUGGAAGAACGCCCUGGAGUACAACCCUGACAGCGACCCAUCUGAUCGUCAGAUUCGUCACCGGGCUUGUGCCCUGAAGGACACGACCCACGCCAUCAUCCGUGACGAACUGGACGAGGACUUUAACAGGAUCUGUGAGCAGAUCAGAGAGUCACGCAACAAGAGAGGGUGCACGUCAUCAAAGUUCGCCCCCUCUUACUACCAGACCUUGCCCAGAGAGGAAGGGUUCGCAGAGUCCAAGAGGCCAGGUGGUAACACUGGCAAAGACGCCAGCACCCCGUUCACUGCCAACACCCCACGGCCCGCACAGAGGCGUGUGACCCGUGCCAGUAGGACUCUGGUGCAGCAGCAACAGCAGUUGAUUGACGUGGACAAGGCCCUGGAGAUCCUGACCCAGAAGACCCCUCAGCUGGUUGUGGACCACGACAAACUCAAGGAAUUGCUCAAAAGAGCUGUGUCCAAGACUGAGGGUUAUGAGGUGCAUCAGCUGGAGAAGCUCUAUGCGUUGUUGUGUCAGAGCAUCUACAGAUACCGCAAGAACUUUGAUAAGACGGAGCUCGUACAGGAAAUGAAGAGAGACAUUGACAACUUUUCCUAACUUCCCUUGAUGUUUUACUUAUUUCCAUAUUGUAAUAAAAUAUGAUGCAUUUAAAGAUUCUCUUUUCUUUUACCUAUUACAAUGGUCCUAAUCAUGCAUUACAUUGGUCUGAAAUGUGGUUUUCCAUCAUUUACAGUAUUUGAGGCAUGGACUUGAGUCAGAAUUGACUUGAGACGUGCAAGUCAGUGUGUGGGACCCACAGGACCAAAACAGCUGAGAAGUUUGGCCUCGCACUUCAAUGCUCCUAGUUGUCCACUAUGCUGUUUACUUUCUGUCUGUCUUUAAUCUACCAGCUGGUGCACGGAAUCUAAUAUUAAUGGUGUCCAAACACUCCAAGACAGUUGUGAAGAGGGCAUGACAAUGCCUAUUCCCCACAGGAGACUGAAAAGAUUUGCCAUGGGUCCUCAGAUCCUCAAAAAGUUCUACAGCUGCACCACCGACCGCGUCCUGACUGGUUGCAUCACCGCCUGGUAUGGCAACUGCUCGGCCUUCCGACCGCAAGGCACUACAGAGGGUAGUGCUUAUGGCCCAGUACAUCACUGGGGCCAAGCUUCCUGUCAUCCAGGACCUCUAUACCAGGCGGUGUCAGAGGAUGCCCCUAAAAAUUGCCAAAGACUUCCGCCACCCUAGUCAUAAACUGUUCUCUCUGCUACCGCACGGCAAGUGGUACCAGAGCGCCAAGUUUAGGUCCAAAAGGCUUCUUCACAGCUUUUACCCCCAAUCAAUAA